AUGCUCCACUUCCGCACGGAAGGCUUCAACGGCUGCGCAGUCAAGUACUCACCCUUCUUCGAUAACCGCCUCGCCGUCGCCUCAUCCGCCAAUUUCGGCCUAGUCGGCAAUGGCCGUCUCUACAUUCUUGAGCUGACACCGAACGGAAUAGUUCCCUACAAAUGGUUCACAACCCAAGACUCCCUCUACGACCUCGCCUGGUCCGAAAUACACGAAAACCAAGUUCUAACCGCCUCCGGCGACGGAAGCAUCAAGCUCUUCGACACGGAGGUCGCCGACUUCCCAAUCCAAAACUGGAAAGAGCACAACCGCGAAGUCUUCAGCGUGCACUGGAACCUCGUCGCGAAGGACCGUUUCUGCAGUAGUAGUUGGGACGGGACAGUGCGCGUGUGGACGCCCAAUCGGCCGCAUUCCCUCCUCACUCUGCCGACGCAUAGCUGCACGUACAGCGCGGCUUUUUCUCCGCAUUCGCCAGAUAUCUUGUCGUGUGUGUCGUCGGAUUCGUAUUUACGGGUGUUUGAUCUACGGACGCCGGCAUCGGCGUCGAAUCAUUUGACUUUGCAGGCGUUGACGAUGGAUUGGAACAAGUAUCGGCCGUCGACGAUAGCUACGGCGGGGGUGGAUCGGACGAUUCGCACGUUUGAUAUCCGGGCGCCCGGGCAGGGACCGCAGACGGUGAUGCUGGGACAUGAGUAUGCGGUUAGGAAGGUGGCGUGGUCGCCGCAUUUGUCGGAUGUGUUGUUGAGUGCCAGUUAUGAUAUGACGUGUCGGGCUUGGAGUGAUCAGACGCCGCCGGGGGCGUUAGGGAGGAUGGGCCGGCAUACGGAGUUUGUGACGGGGGUGGAUUGGUGUUUGUUUGGGAGUGAGGGAUGGUGUGCGAGUGUGGGAUGGGAUGAGAGUUUGUAUGUGUGGGAUGUGAGGGCCGUGAUGGGGUAA